AUGAGUGACCUUUCCUCGAAUGAUUAUUAUGAAAACUUGGGUGUGUCACGGACAGCAACAGCAAAGGAAGUCAAGACAGCUUACCGUAAAUUGGCUAUUAAAUAUCAUCCAGACAAAAAUCCAUCGGAUAAACUCACAGCUGAAGCCAACUUUAAAAUUGUGGGCGAGGCUUAUAACGUGCUGUCCAAUGACGACACGCGCAAAAUUUAUGAUAUUUAUGGCAAAGAAGGACUGGAGGAUGGUGCACAGCCGAUGACGAAGGAACGUGCUAUGGAAAUUUUUGAAACUUUCUUUCGUUAUGGCGAAGCAAUGGACCCAUACGCCCCCGACCGCUCGAAGGGAUUUAAACGUGCAGCCGGUGGAGUAGUCUAUGCACCUGCUAAGGGUUUUCUUUACGGUGGCAAGUCUAUUAUGGGCGGUGUGAUCAUGGGAUCUGCUGCGAUUGUGGCAGGAACUGGUGCUAUGGUCGUUAAUAUGGCUUCGGGUAUUAAAGAAAUGGGUGAAGCUGGAGUUUAUGCAGCUCGUAGGCGUAAGGGAAGCAGACAGGCUAGUGACAGUGAAUCUGAAAUUCCUGUUGCUAUGAUGGAGGACGGACCUGCUGAUAGUAAAUCUGAGGGCGACCAAAAAGUAGUGAUCAAGGUCGCCAACCAGAAGCCUACUCCCUCGUUUAUGGGAGGGUUGAAGAAAGCGACGAUUGGUGCUGUUGCGGCUCCUGUGGCGGCAAUCGUGACAGGAGGUGGUGUGCUGCUCGCAAGCGGUGUCGCGGCCGGUGGAUAUGUGGUUGGUGGCUUUGCUGGUGCUGCGACGAACGUUGCAAGUGGCGUACGUGAGGUGAAGGCUGCAAAUAAGAUGGAGAAAAAGCGCCGUGCUUCCAGUGCUGCAAGUAUCCGCGAUUCCACAUCUUCCACAAAGAGCUCACCGGCGUCAACUGCUGCCUCGACAAAAGCGGUUCCUGUAGCAGACGGAGUGUCAGUAGGAUCGGCAGCAGCCCAGACCGCGUAG